UGACCAAAAAUCAUUGAAUACGGGAGCGCUCUAUAUUCAUUGCGGGGGAGGGGGGACCUUAUGUCCAAUAUCCUGUGGAGUCUUCUCUGUCAAGUGCCAAGCCUUCACACAACACAGUACACACUACACACACAUAUACAGCUACGAAGGAAGGAAGCAGAUCUUGUUUGGCUCGCCAAUGAAAUCUAUACAGUAUUAUUUGACAGCUUUUUCAAGCAUCUUAUUAGCUUGUUUACUUGCAAUAACACUACAAGUCUUCUUCUUCUCACCUAUAUCUCCUGACCCACUCCAAUUGCCUCCCGCAUCCACUUCCUUUCUUCCCACUAACUCCCAGUUACAGGGAGUGAUAAAACUUGGAGAAGGAAUUCUGGAUAAGCCGGAAGACGUUUGUGUGGAUAGAGAGGGUGUAGUUUAUACGGCUACGAGAGAUGGUUGGAUCAAAAGAUUACAAACUAAUGGAAGCUGGGAAAAUUGGAGGAUGAUUGGGGGUGAUACGUUACUUGGAAUCACCAUUACUACUGCAGGUCAUCUCAUUGUAUGCGAUUCUGAAAAGGGUUUGCUAAAGGUUAGUGAAGACGGGGUAACUGUUCUUGCUUCACAUGUUAAUGGCGUCAAAAUAAGAUUUGCUGAUGAUGUGAUAGAAGCAUCAGACGGUAGCGUGUACUUCAGUGUUGCAAGCACCAAGUUUGGACUUCACAAUUGGCAACUUGACUUGCUUGAAGCAAAACCUCACGGCCAGCUUCUCAAGCAUGAUCCAUUAUCAAAUCACACCUCAACAUUGCUUGAUCAUCUUUGUUUUGCAAAUGGUGUUGCACUCUCCAAGGACCAAGAUUAUCUGGUGGUCUGCGAAACAUGGAAAUUUAGGUGCCUCAAGUAUUGGCUAGAUGAGGAAAACAGAGGAAAAACAGAGAUCUUCAUUGAUAAUCUUCCUGGUGGACCUGAUAACAUCAAUCUUGCUCCUGAUGGCACAUUCUGGAUCGCUCUGCUUCAGCUAACGCGUAGGAACUUCGAGUUUGUGCAUGGCUCGAAACUAUCCAAGCAUUUGCUAGCAACAUUUCCAAAAUUGUAUGAGCGAGUGAACGGACUUGGAGAGAAAGCAAUGGUAGUGAAAGUGGACAGCAAUGGAAGGAUACUGAAGAAGCUUGAUGAUCCUAAUGGCGAGGUGAUGUCCUUUGUGACAUCGGCCGUGGAGUUUGAGGACCAUCUCUACUUGGGAAGUUUGAACACCAAUUUCAUUGGAAAAUUACCCUUGAAAUUUGUGUAAUGCUAAUUAAUUAAACUUGUUUAUCUACCUAAUUGUUGGACACUAGAUAGCUGCUAGUAUAGUUAACCCUAAGCUCACAGUCAGUAAUCAUUGAAUAAUAUAUGGAGAAUCUCUUUAAAAAUACUA